AUGCGGCGGCCGGCCGGCCCUCCCUGGGUGGUCAGCACCUGCCGGGGCUCGCGACGGCCUCGCUGCCCGCCGCUCGGUGCGAACCCGGUCAGCGACUGUUCCCCCUCCCUAGGGAGCGGGAAGCAGCCCCGAGCGCCAGGCACCCGCGGGCCCGCCGCGCCCCCAGGCAAAGAGCGGCCGCCGCUCUGCGGACCCGUGGCGGGGCGGGGUAAGGCGGGCGAGCAGCGCGUCACGCGCGGGAAACGCUCCCCCACCCCCAGCGCGGGGCAGCGAGGUCACGUGAGGAAGCAACGCCGCGCCACCGUGGGGACCGUUCCCGUCGAAGCGGGGAAAGGCGGGGCAGCGCCCGGGUGCAACUCCGCCGCCGUCCCGCUAGCUCCGGCCGCUCCGCGCGGGGGCGGAGGCGGGGCCAACGGGCGGCCGGCAGGCUCACGUGACGCCUGCGGGCGGGGCGCCGGCGCUCAGAGUGUGCGCGGAGGCAGCGGGAGCGCAGCGGGGCAAAGGGAAGCGCCGGGAGCGCGAGCUGCAACCUCUCGCUUCGCCAGCGCCGUCGCCGCCAUGAGCCGGAUACUCGGGCUGUCCCUCACCGCCUUCUGCUUGACUUGCCUCUGGGGCCUGGCCGCGGGGGCCGCGCAGAGCCGCUGGGCGCGCGAGGCUGGAGACGGCACCGCGAGCGUUGCUUCUACAGUUACUCCUCUCUCCAAUGCUACUACACCACCUUCGAAUAGUACUACACCACCUUCGAAUAGUACUACACCACCCUCGAAUAGUACUACACCACCGUCCAAUACUACCACACCUGUUUCUACUACCACUGUUCAUACUACUAUAGCUAACAUCACCAAUGUAACCACACAUGCUCCUCCAUCUACAACUGCCAUUACUUCAGCUACUGCAACACCCAGUAUUCCAGGUACAAAUGCUACUGUGACUCCUGCACCUUCUCCACGCAAAUCUACAUUUGAUGCUGCAAGUUUCAUAGGUGGAAUUGUCCUUGUUCUGGGUCUGCAGGCUGUUGUUUUCUUUCUGUACAAAUUCUGCAAGUCAAAAGACCGAAACUAUCACACCCUUUAGGACCUGCCACUUCCAAUGGACUAGUAGCCCAACACCUGUAGUUCACUGAACCAAAAUACUUGCUGUUGCUCUUGGAAGACAGCAGUUCGUAAUACCUUUUAAAUCUCUAAAUGAAGACUUUAAAAGAAUAUUUUUGCAACCUUAUACUUGGCAAGAGGUGAUACGAAGCUCUUCAACAGGAUUACUUGCGAUAUGCUGCAUGGGUUCUAAUGGCUGUCUUAUUUUCCUUUAGUGGCUGCUGCUGUGGGACUUCUUGAUAUGCCAAAUGUAGAUGUUCAGAGUUUCUGAUUCAGUGGUGACACUGUCUCAAGUAGACAAUCUCAUGAUGACUUAUUGUGAAGGCUAAUUUAAUCAACAUUUGAUACGGUAUCCCUUCAGUUUUAUCAAGAUGUGAAUUACUGGUGACUGACUUCAGGGAGUGAAACAUCAUUUGUACCAGCUUUUGGCUCCUGUAGUGUGUUGCUAGAAAGAUGAACAAAAUCAUAGAAGUAGAGAAUGUCUUAACAGACCCAUAGUCUUUUUUUUAUUUACACACAAAUAAAGGUUGCCUGAUAAAAUACUGCAUUCCAAACAGAAAUCUUGUGCCCUUUCCAAUUAGUUUUGAGGAUGGAGAGGGAAAGUAGGGAUGAUCUUUCUAAAGGGUAAGAUGAAGAUUAGUGCCUUAAAAGACUGAAGAAUCCAUAGGCAUCCCACCUAUCUCAAAGAUGAAUAAAACCAUUAAGUUGCUUUAAAUAGAAAAUAAAAUACACGUGACUUGAACAUUCCAGAUUAAGAACUUUUGACCCUAAAUAACAGCCGCUUGUUGACCUUGGGUGAGGGAGCAUGGUGCAGUAAUGUUCAGCCACAAACAGGAACCCAGUUGUUUACCUUUGUUCUGGCCUAAAGAUGAACCAUAAAACUAGUGGUGAAAUUUAGUUCACUCCCUGUAUGAAAAGGCAACGACUUAGAUUUAUACUUGGAAUACUGGUGUUUGGGAAAUUCUGAGGUUUUUGUUAUUCUAAUGGUUCUUAAAUCUGUUGCAAUUGGUUACAGGAGUUUGUUGUUUGGGUUUUUUUUCCUUUUUUAGCCUCCUGAAUGUCUGUACUGAAGGAGCAGUUAAGGGUAGUUAGAGGAUCUGCUGAUUUGAUCCUAGUCAGGGUUGCUGUAGUCCUGGGGCUGCCAAGGCUACACCUUUUGCUCUUUCUCCUCCCCUCUUCCUGGCUUCAGAUUUGUGUCACCCAGCAGUGAAGUGGUUAAAGAAACCUAUUUGGCCAAAUAGGUUGGGUUUAGGGUUUUUGGUUUUUUUCCGUUCCUUGGCUGGAUCAGCCACCUGAUGAUGUGAUCCUGACUAUCAAAGGUACCUCAUCUCCAAUGUAGAUUGACUUGAGUACCUGUGAAAAUAAACCCACUGGGAAAAAUGGAAGUAAAAAGUAGCACCUAAUACACAGCUUCUGCUGAUAGCCCUUGAUCAUCAGUUUUGGGUCUGUAGUACUAUGUUACUAGAUCUGACUUGACUGGAAUUUGGCACCCAAUACAAAAUGAUAGCAUUAGUGCAGAUAAUAGUCAUGGCAGUGGAACUUCAAUAUGAAACAAAUUAGAUGCACUUCAGUUAGAAACUUAAAAGUGCACAGUGUUGCUUUUUUUGUGUUCUUGUAGUUUGAAUUGCAUUAUUUUGUUGUGCUACAUAGAAAACUCAAAUUGGUACAAAAUACAGAAGUUACCAGUACUGUAUCUUUGAUUAGCUUCUGGUUUUCUAAACAAAACUUAAGACAAUCAGCUCAGGUGUAUUAAAACAGCAGAGUGUGCAGCCAGUUUCCAGCAACAGUAUGUGUGUGAGUUAGGUGGUAUAUCCUUAGCCUUAUUGUGAAAUCACUUAAUCUGACCUUUCCCCAUCUUGAAACUUAACUGCUUUUUUGUUGUUAUUCAAAAAGAUACCCAUGAGCUUACAUUCUGUGCUUGCAGAUGAGCAAAAUACUCAAGUGUGACAGUUCUUCAGCUGAGCAAAACCAAACUGUAUACUUAGUGUAUAUAUAAUUUUUUUUUUUGCCUCAAAGGGCUAUCUUUUGGGGAAGCUGGCAGAAAAAUGUUACAGAACUCUUCCCAUCAUGGAAGAUGUUGCCACAAAAAAAAGUUAUUGCUCUGUACAAUGUUGCUAAAAUGCUUAUUUGUGAGCUAUGCUCAUCUGAUUUAGGUUGCUGAUAAAGUGUGCUGGUAAAGCAAACUAAAAGUAUUUUUUAUAAGUGCCUUAAAGUUGCUUAGUGUUUUGCCUCAAGUUUUGUUUAAGAGGAUAGAAGGGAUACCUUGCCUUAGUUACUAAUUUUUUCUUGGUGCCAGCAAUUGCUACUUUCUGAGAGUUUAGGAAACCCAGGAUCUCUGACGUGUCCAGAUGCCAAUGUGAAGAGUGUAAGCUUGUACUCUGUCAAUUUAGUCAUGUUCUGGAAGGCCUGCACUAUGCACCGCUUGCUCACGAGCCUUGCCAACAAGGUAAAAUCCACAGCUUAAGAGUUGUGGCUCGGAUUUUUUCCCUUUCAGUUGUUUGGGGGGAGGGGAGGCUGGGUUAUACAUCUUCACCACCUACUUGGCUGCCUCACUCUAGAAAGUAGUUACACCCUUGCAAAAUGGCAGCGUCAGCUGAUAUGUGCUGUGUACUAGCAAAAAAACCUGAGGUAACAGCUUGCAGUUAUUCUUGGCCUUGUGUUUUGAAGUGGAGGGUAGCUUAUAGAUCUGUAGUUGUGUUUGCCCCUAAAUCAGUUUUAGGCACUGAACUGUAGUGAGUCUUCAAGUUUUCUGGCUCUUUCUUGAAGCCAACGUGUGCAAAUAUCAAGCUGUUAUCUUACGAAUGUUCUCUGCAAGUGUUGCUGUAAAAGUUUGUACUUCUGUCUUCAGUGGAAGAAAACCGAAACAGUUGUAAUCACAAAACCAAAUUGACAAAUAAAAUCUGUUGAAUGGAA